AUGCUCCAACUUCUAACUACAGUAAUCCUCCUGCUUCUCUCCCUUCUCGUCCAUUCCGACCCAAUUUAUGUCAAAAUGGACAUGACAUGUGAUGGGAUCGAUCAAAAAUAUUGGUGCGCCGAUUUGUACAUCUAUGAGGAGGAUUACGACGACACUCAUGACAUUCUGACAUUCGAAAGAUUGUGCACGAGCGAGAAGCGGAAGGUGUUCAAGUGGGAGUUCAAUCCAGAUGGAGACGUGUCGCCAGAAUACGAAAUCGCCUACCAAGUCAGUCACAGCUGCACACCGACCGGACAGUAUUGGUGUAUUCGGCCAGAGGCGGUGGAUGUGAGCGUUCGUGGACCACAACAAGUGGAUUUCAAUGUGGAUCUUUUCAACGCCGAGAACGUCACCGAAAGUGCUUGUCUUCCAAUGUAUUGA